CGCAAGGGCAGCAAGGAUCUGACCGUCCAGAUGCGAGCGCGGCUAUGUGAGCUGCAUUCGAUUGGCUGGGGGGCGCGCAGAAUCCACGCAAAGCACCCUGAGAUCCCCAUCUCUACUAUAUCCUAUACUCUAAAAAUGGAGCGCGUGCGAGACGAUAAUCAAAGCCUUACACGAACUGCGCGGACACGCAAGCUUACCGAGAAACGCCGGGGUCAUACAUCUAGUCAGAGGCAUAGUGAACCUCACGUCACGUCUGAACCUGUACUGAAGGGAAUCAAUGAAGCUGUAUGAAACCCGUUCUAACUCCGGACCCUUUAUCUUAACCCCGCGACCCCACUUUUUUUUCUCCCGAGCAAUUCUUUUGCAUCAUUGCGACAUUCUGCAAUCUGAUAACCAUUCCACCCCUCUUUUACUUUCUCGUCCAGCGUUGAACCACACCCCAGAUCACCACAAUGCCCCACGCCGACUCGUCCUACUUUGGCGCCAACGCCUCCAAAUCCGACAUCUACACCCAAGUGCUCGAGCAAGCGCAGGGUCUUGUAUACGGACAGCGCAACUGGGUAUGUUCAAUCCAAGUCAUCUCCUCCCAAAACAGUCACUCCCACAUGACACCGAUUGACUAACGAACCCAAUACAACAGGUCAGGUAAACCCA